AUGACGAAUCGUCGAGACAUUCCUAUACACCACGUGGCUUUUAUAAAGGUCCACAAAGCCGCUAGUACUAGCGUGCAAAAUAUAUUUUACCGUUACGGGUAUCAUCAUAACUUAUCUGUUGCCCAACCCAGGUUCACAACCGGACUCCUAUGGAGCUCGCCGGUAGUACGUGAAAAAUUUCUCCCGCCACCAAAAGGUCAAAAGAAGUAUGACUUAAUGUGUGUGCAUUCUACAUACAGCAGAACAGCAUUCGAUAAACUUCUUCCAAAUGACUCCGUUUACAUAGGAAUUGUACGAGAACCGUUCAAACAGUUUGCGUCCAGUGUAAACUAUUACCAACGGAAUAGGGUAUUGAAUAUUCCAGGAAAUAACCCUGUGCGUACAUUUCUGACUGACGCACUGGGCAAUCAACGUUUCGUGUCGACUUCGGAUCACCGUGUAUUUAACACACAGUCACGUGACUUUGGAACACCAUUGAAACUUCUUUCGUCUAAAUACGACGAAUAUCAAUUUCGUAGAUAUCUCCAACAAUUGGAUAAAGAACUUGAUCUCGUUUUAUUGGUAGAGCGUUUUGCCGAGUCUAUGGUCUUAAUGAGAAGGCUUCUGAAAUGGGAAGUGAAAGAUAUCAUCAGUGCUAAACUUAAUGGAAGAGGAUUUCCUCCACGUUUUCAGUUUGGUGUUAAAGAAGAACAGCUUGUUAAACGAAUAGCCCAGUAUGAUUACGCUUUAUACGAUUUCUUUAAAAAGAAAUUUCAGGAAAAAAUUGAACAUCAACCUCCAGACUUUUAUGAUGAGCUUGCUUAUUUUAAACAAGCAAGUAAAAGAUAUAACGAAUUCUGUAUUUCUUUACAAAAAUACAACAAGGACACAUCUGAUGUGUUAAAAUUUGAGGAAACCACGUGGAACAAACCAUUUACAGUGACAAUUGCAGAUUUUCCGUGUAACAAAAACGGAACCGGAAACCAGACUCCAGUUCCGUGUAACAAAACAGAACUGGAAACCAGACUCAAGAUCCGUGUAACAAAAAUGGAACCGGAAACCAGACUCAAGUUCCGUGUAACAAAAACAGAACCGGAAACCAGGCUCAAGUUCCGUGUAACAAAAACAGACCUGUGA